AUGGGUAUUUCCCGUUCUUCUUCCCACAAGCGGCGCGCGACGGGUGGUCACCGACCACACUACCGCAAGAAGAGAAAGUUUGAGCUCGGCCGUCAGCCCGCGAGCACAAAACUCGGUGCAAAGCGUAUUCACACCGUUCGUACGCGUGGUGGAAAUACAAAAUACAGGGCGUUGCGAUUGGACUCUGGCAACUAUGCAUGGGGAUCGGAGAGCGUGACCUGCAAGACUCGCAUCAUCUCCGUCAACUACAACGCCUCGAAUAACGAACUCGUCCGUACCAACACGCUCGUUAAGGGUGCCGUCAUCCAGGUCGAUGCCACGCCAUUCAGGCAAUGGUACGAGAGCCACUACGGUCAACCCGUCUCGACCAAGAAAAGAGCCGCGGCAGCUGCACCCACCGAGACGACAGAGGAGAAGAAGCCACAGUCGGAAUUGACAAAGAAAAAGUAUGAAGAGCGCAAAAAGGACGCCAAACUCGACCCCCUUCUCGAGACGCAGUUCGGUGCUGGUCGUUUGUAUGCCGUCAUUUCGAGCCGACCAGGCCAGGUUGGACGAGCAGAUGGGUACAUUCUCGAGGGCAAGGAGCUCGAGUUUUACGUUCGUAAGCUCCGUGCUGGCAAGCACAAGUAG